UUAUCAAAAUGGCUCCAUACAGUUUGUUGCAUCCACUCUCCUCAGUCUGCUUUGAAGAAAAAAUCCAAUUCUCUGCAAGUCAGCAUCUCUCUGUUGCAAGAGGCAAAUGGUUCACGCUCCCCGAGACUGAGAUCCACAGCGACGUGUGGAGCAUCAAGCCACCAGAUUUCUCUCUUAAACUGUACAGAUCUCUGUCAGUUCCACAGAAGAAAGAAAGAAAGACGUAUUCAAAUCUAACUGUACCUCAACCAAGUGAAACAAAGAGGAGAACUGGGAUAUUUCUACCAACUGUUCUAUAUGAGAGUCACCAGAGAGAAGAGUCUCCAAAGUUCAUCAGAUCCUACAGGCCUCCUGAUGCUCUGGAAUCUGAGCUGAUGUUUGUUAAGACUGGGAAGUACCUUUCUGGGCCUUACAAGAACCCCAAACCACACGACUUCAGACCACUCAAUGAGGACCUUCCAGACAUAGUUACCACAUAUGAGAGAGAUCCGGGUAACCUGCAUUUUAAAUUAAAACACUUGGACAUUGUUCAGACCACUAGAUCUGAGUCACUCUCAUGUUCAAGGGACACCAAGCCAAGGAUGGACACGUAUAAACCUGAGGAGCCCAGAUGGGAUGCGAAGCUCAUCCUCCCUCAGCUGUCCUGGCCUCCAAAAUCAGCUUCAUAUACUAGACACCGACGAAGAAGAGAAGCAUACAGCGCAUUCUUGGACCGCGUGGAGGAGAAACUCUCAAGAUCGUGGAAAAAUAGAUCAUGAUUUUGUCUUUUUAAAUUAUUUUUAAUUUAAAUUUUUACAUGUGCAUGUUUAGUUUUAUAUGUAAUUAAAUUAGGGCUGUCCUCAACCAAAGAAAUUUUUAGUCGACUCACAAACAUUCUGUCAACUAAUCGAUUUGUUAAU